CCCAGAAACGCACACUUGGGGCUCCGCCGUCUCCGCGGGGGAGGACUGGAGCCCUUCUUAAGCAUCCUCGCCCGCCCCCGAGCAUUGACCGGUGCCCAUUGUCAGCAAGUUCUUCAGCCCCCGCCUCAUUCAGAAUGGAAACAGACUGUAAUCCCAUGGAGCUAAGCAGUAUGUCAGGAUUUGAAGAAGGUUCAGAGCUUAAUGGUUUUGAAGGAACUGACAUGAAAGACAUGAGGCUAGAAGCUGAAGCAGUUGUAAAUGAUGUUCUCUUUGCCGUUAAUAACAUGUUUGUCUCGAAAAGCCUGCGGUGUGCAGAUGAUGUGGCCUAUAUCAAUGUGGAAACAAAGGAAAGAAACAGAUAUUGCUUAGAGCUCACUGAAGCAGGGCUCAAGGUGGUAGGCUAUGCUUUUGACCAGGUGGAUGAUCAUUUACAGACUCCCUACCACGAAACAGUCUACUCCUUGUUGGAUACACUCAGCCCCGCCUACCGGGAAGCCUUUGGAAACGCACUCCUUCAAAGACUGGAAGCUUUGAAAAGGGAUGGACAGUCAUGACUACACUUUUUCCUUUCAGAGGGGCUGGUGCUGGUACAGAAUGUUGAUAUAAAGCUUGAAAUUCUUGCAUAUGGUCAUAGAAAAUGCAUCUUUGGUUUUGUGUUUUUAUCACUUGCUUUCAACUUAGGCUUUUGGCUCAGAAGAUUAUUGAAUAAUGAUUUGUCUUAGUUUCUGUUUCAGUAAGGGAAUUCUGAGGCCGUUGCUAUGAUACCAUCAUUAAGACAUUCACAUGUCUUCAUAUAAUAUCUCUUCAUUUCAAAUCCUAAUCAGUAUUUCAUACUCUUAUUACAGGGCUUUGAUGCUGCCAGCACUGUCUUUUACAUAGGAAAUUCUAGAUUUGCACAGUAAUAGAGGAAUUAGAAUUACCUAACUAUACACUUUGAUUCAACCUGCUAAAUCAGGGGUUCACUACUAGCUUGGAGAAACUUUGUAGUAAUUAAUUGCUACUAGCCUUAUUGGAAACAAAUUAUCAACUAGUUUCCCCUGCACAAAUUUUGAAUUCAUUGCUUCACUUAAUCUAUUUAUAUUAGAAAUAAUGGAUUAAUAAAGAUUAUUUAAUUAUAUAUUACUGAACUAGUAUUAAAUGAAAAACAGGGACUGAAAUAGUUCUGUAUUCCGUGUUUGCAACAGCCAGCCAACUAAGCAGAGGAUAAACCGUUAGCAAUGAAUGUAAUAAUUACUCAUUUCCAAGAUAUCUAAGCACAUAAGCAAAUACAGGAACAGACUUCAUUCUUUUUCUUAACAAAAAGCAUCUUCAGUGUGUGAUUUAAAAGAAAGAAGAAUCUGGUUUCCUAGAAAACAAUAUUUUGGCCUGUGUUGAUUCUUAUUCUGAAUGUGUGUUUACAUAAUGUACAGUAUAUAUUCAGAAAGUAUUUUUGCUUCAACAUUUACUUUCUAUGAUGUAGUGCUUUGGUAUUCCCACAGCACCCCACCUUCCCCAACAGAUGUACAGUGUUCUGUCUCCAUGCAAAAUCUACAAUGUAAUAUGAGUGCAUUGUAUGGGUUUGAAACCAAAGGAUGAAUGAAGCAUUCAGAGACUUAAUAUUUGAAAAAGGGAUACUCAGUAUUUUAUAUUUUAUUACAGGUACUGAUAUUUAUAAAUUUAAUAAACUGUACCAUGCUGCCGCAUGUUUUCAAGUACAUGUUGAACAAUAAGGAUUGGGGAGUUGUUUUUUAAUGGUCACCUAAAGCAGCUGCUGUACAAAUGUUGAACUAAAAUUUUGCAUCUGGUCACACCUUCAUGCAUUUGUCAUUUGCAGAUAUUUUUCCAUCAUUAUUAAAAAAUAGGAACUUUUAGGCUCUGAAGAUCAUGUGGACCAGAGCAAAUUAAAGUUCAGUUUGUGUCACAAUUCAUUGCCAGACUUCAUUGGAAUGCUUUGUUUGAUGAUGUAUAUUCAUUCUCAGCUUUAUUUUCAGAUGCUUAACUGGGCAAUGAAGUCUAACUUCAGGUUGAACUUUCUCAUGCUUAAUCUCAGGCUAAAUGUAAAUGAUAUUUGUAAAGUUUGAAUAAAAUUCUGUUUACUCAUUUUGAGUUAGUAUGAAGAAAAGUGAUUGUAUGUUUAAGAACUGAAAUUGUUCAUUUUGUGAUAAAUGAUUAAUUCCAA